UUCCUUACAUAUAUUUAUUUAUAUAAACCACCACCCUCUCAUUCUCCAUCACCACCAUGAAAAAACUCAUACGACGUCUCUCUCGCGUCUCUCACUCCUGCCGCUGCUCCGCCGCUAGCGGAACCGCUAGCGGUGACUCCUCGUCCACCACCGUGCCGGAGGGUCACCUCCCCUUUUAUGUUGGAGAAGAAAUGGAACGGUUUGUGGUUAGUGCACAACUAUUGAACCACCCUCUUUUUAUUAACUUGCUAAACAAAUCGGCUCAAGAAUAUGGUUAUCGGCAACAAGGGGUUCUUCGUAUCGCCUGCCAUGUUAUUAUUUUUCGGCGGUUGCUUGAAGCAUUGCAAGAAGGGGAAGAGGCUUCAUGUGAUCUACAACAUCUUCUGGCUCAACAUAUGGAACAUGUCUAGUGAUUUGUUUGUAUGUACAUACAUCGUUUGAUAAGUUGUAUACUAAUUAAUCAAGUUAUAGUGUUUAUAUAAUUAGCUUUAAUUUAGCAAGAUGGGUUGAUGUAUGAAGUGUUUUUUAUUUUAUUUUGUCUUGAUGUUGGUAA